AUGAAAGGAAGAGGGACCUUUCUGGUUUCCAUGGACUGCCCCUGUGAAAAUUCUGUUGGUAUGCACGAGCGACUAAAGGACACCCGUCAGCAAAGUACUCAGUUCUUGUCUAAGUUACCCAGAAAAUCCACCUACAGUCUACUGUAUCCGUGCUCUACGAGCAAAACCAUCCAGGACCAUUAUUAUGGCGUCCCGAGCUCCAUACUGUUCGCCAUCGGUGUCCUAGGUAAUAUCUUCACUCUCGUCAGACUAUGGAAGAACAAGCAAAACAUAAAGAAGAACAAAAAGGCUGUUUUUUACCUAUUGGUAACUGGACUUACAAUUGUGCAUUUAACCGGGAAGGUUAUGGUCUGUUCUGUGGUGCUGGGAGUGUACUCGAAAAACCUGACUUUGGUCCACUUGGCUGGCGGCCAUACUUUAUGCACAUUUUUCGCCUUCGGCAUGGCCUUCUUUGGGUUGGCUCCAUCUAUCAUUCUUCUAGCUAUGGCUCUGGACUGUUGGCUGGCCUUGGCUCGACCAUUUAUUUACCAUAGACAUGUUACCAAUAAAGUCGGGGAUGUGGUCCCCGGAUUCUGUUCCUUGCCACUUUUUGGCAUUGGCAAUUUCGUACAGUAUUGUCCGGGAACUUGGUGUUUUAUCCAGAUGAAAGUGAAGGACUCUCAGCCGAGUGACGUUGCUUACUUCGUACUGUACGGCACUGUCAUGGGGCUGCUGGUUAUAGCCAUUGUCAUCUUCAAUGUCGACAUCACGAGGCAUCUUUACAAGAUGCAUAGAAGGCAAACCCUCAGGAAAGCCAUAGGCACCAAGGUUGGACACAGUCCAAUGAAUGUAAAGCGAGCGGGUAUGGAGGAACUGGACCACCUUAUCCUCUUGGCUUUCAUGACAAUUUUAUUUGUGGUCUGUUCUCUACCUCUUACCUACCGUGUCUAUAUGGGAGUAUUCUCAGAUAAUGCUAAUGAAUAUAUAGUCCUCCGACUCUUGUCCUCUAAUUGUAUAGUGAAUCCCUGGGUUUUCAUCAUUUUACGGACAUCGCCAUUUCAAACGCACGUGAAUUGUCUUUUCUGCAGAUCGAAGCCGAAACCCCAAACUAAACCUCGACUACUGGAAGAAGAUAUAAAUGUGGAAUAGAGUA